CACAGACCACCUUUAAGUAUACGACACCACAGUAUUCUGUUCGGUCUUCCUUUUUACUGUUAUUUACUUAGUUCUUUUGGUAUUAUUUUCUUUAGUAAGAAAACUGAAUACUCCCUCUUGAUUCAGAUGGUAAGACGCUGGCGUGGGACAUUGACGCAGCCGUUCGCUGUCAAACUUUUCUCAGGCAUCUGGAAUGCGCAUCCACGAUUCGCAACUAGAACAGUUCUCGUCAAAAACAAUGACGUGGAUGCUGCUUUUAGUCUUUUGAACAGGUUGAUGGACUCGGAAGGAUUGCUCAAACUCAUUCGACGGACACAGUAUUACCAAAAGCCAUGGAUGCAACGGAAACAGCUUUCCGUCGAAGCAUCUAAUGCCAUUUUCAACGAGGAUAUGACAAGAAAAAUGAAUUUCCUCAUGAGGAAAAAUCGACCCGAUGCCCAUCCUGGGCAGAUUACAACAUAG